AGAAGAAGAAAGGAAAAAUUUGUCAUUUCGCAUUUGGUGUAAAGGAAAAAGUGUAAUAGUGAAAAAAGGCUGCGACAAAGCAAUUAAUAGUGAAAAUUUAUAUAAAUUUAUACGAAAACCGUGAUCAAUAUGUUAGCGUUAAUUAACAGAAUACUGGAUUGGUUUAAGAGCAUUUUCUGGAAAGAAGAAAUGGAACUGACGCUAGUUGGAUUACAAUAUUCAGGCAAAACAACGUUCGUGAAUGUUAUUGCAUCUGGACAAUUUGCCGAGGAUAUGAUACCGACUGUUGGUUUCAAUAUGCGUAAAAUCACCAAAGGCAAUGUUACUAUUAAAGUUUGGGAUAUCGGCGGGCAACCAAGAUUCAGAUCGAUGUGGGAGCGAUAUUGUCGCGGUGUAAAUGCUAUUGUAUAUAUGGUGGAUGCAGCUGACUUGGAUAAAAUGGAGGCAUCUAGAAAUGAAUUGCAUUCAUUGCUAGAUAAACCGCAGCUAGCGGGUAUACCUGUGUUGGUGCUAGGUAAUAAACGUGAUCUUCCAGGUGCACUUGAUGAAACCGGCCUAAUUGAGCGAAUGAACCUAGCAAGUAUACAAGACAGAGAAAUUUGUUGUUACAGCAUUUCAUGCAAGGAAAAGGACAACAUCGACAUAACGCUGCAAUGGUUGAUCGCACACUCAAAAAGCCAAAGCCGUUAGAAAAUUAUGCCUAUAGUUUACUAGUGCUGUUGCUGUAGAAAGCAAAAUUUAUGUGGCGUGAGCAUAAUUAUAAGACAAUGAAAAUACAAAUAAAUAACAAUUAACAAUUAAAACGAACAACAACAAGAAAAUGAUAAAAACCGUAGAAACUGCAAAACAAUUAGGCAUUUUAAUUAAACAAAAAAUAAAACCAAAAAAACAUUCAUUGCUACACUUUGUAUGAAUCAAAUGAGAUAAAUGUAUGCAGGUGUGAUUACGCAUGUUGAUACACUAAAUAGAUAAACAAUAUAUUCGUUUAAAGUGAAUUGACAAAAAUGAAAUGUCAAAAUUACGACUAAAGAAAACCAUAAUUUAGCUAAAAAUACAUUUCCAAUCGUGCAUUUGUGAUUACGAACUACAUCUUGAAAGCUUUAUUCGAACAAGUUAAAUUUAUUUUGAAAUUGAAAAAAGAAAAGUGUGGUAAAAAGUGGUUUUUGCACGUUUAGCUCAUUUAGUACAAAAAAAUUCAAAUUCAACAGUAAAACAAAUUUGUAAAAUGUAUCACAACAAUAUUAUUGAAUAUGCACUGACCUGUAUGUAUGUCAAACUUUUAGUUUAAAACACAUUUGUCCACUUUCAAUGUCUCAAUUCUUAAGUUUAGUCAAAUCUAAACAGGAAUAGUUUUCUAGCGCUCGGUGUGAUUACAAAAUAUUAUAUAUAUAACUAUAUUAUUUACAUUUAAAUGCUAUAUUUAGAAAUUUCAUUUAUAUUUACAUAUGUAUGUAUAUUUUUAAUUCGAAUUUGUAGGCUACAUUUUCUCUUAUGAAAGUUCGCUAAGAACCUACCUUGUUGAGUACGCGUCUAUAUUGUUUUUUGAUAACUAUAAUAAGCGCAAACUGGUGGUUAAUAAAAUAAUUUUAACAAAUGAAAAUAAGCCAACUAUAAACGCAAGACACUGAACGAAGUGCAUUACUACACGUUUGAUAUCGAAAUGUGAAACACAAUUAUUAAGCAUUGUUUAUUAUAUGUAUUUAAUCGAGUUAUAAAAGGAAAACACAAAAAGAUAACGCAUGAAAACCUUUCUCAUGUAAAAUAAAUAUUUUCGUCUUUUCUUAUUUAGCAUAUGUGUGUGUUUGUGCGUGUGUACACGGUUUGGAAAAAAGUGUGCACAUCUUGUUGCCACACACGUUGAAUUGGUUUAAAUGAUUUAUUCAUCAACAUUUCCUAAAUUUACACAAGGACUCAUAGCAUAGUGUUUAAAACAUGAAAAGUUCUCAAAAGAUAGUAAUGCUUAGUAAUAACAAAAUAACAAAAAGAAGUAAAUAAAAGUGUAAACAAAACGAUUAUAUAUGAACAAUUCUAAGUAAAAUAAAAAACUUUAAAUAAAAACCACAA